AUGAACUCCACGAGCGACUCGCAACGCCGUAACGACAUCACGACGCCCACGCUCUCCCUCUCCGGCAUCUCCAACAACCUCUCCAAAGCACCCCUAACGCACUUCAUCGACCGACCCAUCCCAAACUCCUACUGGGCUACUCCUCUCCUCCUCGCCUGCGAAUACCCAUGGGCCCCAACACCACCCUUGCUCCGCUUCAUCCCCAAAUGCUCCUCCAAACCACAAACCGUCACGCAGAAACUAGACCUCCUCCUAGCAGCAGGCGUACGCACCUUCAUCGACCUAACCGAAGCGGGCGAACUCUCGCCUUAUUUCCCGCAUCAACUCAAUGAGCACGUUUCGCUCGCAAAUAUCGAUACCUCGAACCCGGCACAGCGGAUCGAAUACCAUCAGUUCCCAAUCCACGAUCGUUCGCUGCCCGAGUCCGUAGACUACGUCUACAAGAUCCUCGACGUCCUCCGAGACAACGAGAAACGGGGACGGAUCACGGUCGUGCACUGUCGAGGCGGGAUCGGUCGGACGGGCUUGGUUGUUGGGUGUUGGUUGGUCGAGUGCGGGGUGGCGAAGGACGGGGACGAGGCGUUGAGGAUGAUUGCGGAGGAGUGGAAGACGGUGGAGAAGUGCAGGAGGUUUCCGUGCUCGCCGGAGACCGGCCCGCAGUUUGAGUUUGUGAGGAGUUUUGCGGCACAUCAUGAGGAGAGGGAGGAUAGUCCGCUCAGUCAUGAGGUCUCGGCGGCGUUGACGGGACAGGCGCAUUGA